CUCAUUCCCCUGCACUCAUAGAUGACUCAACCAGAGACAUUGCUGGAAGUCGAGGAGGGGUUAUUAGUCUUAUGAUGAUAACAUCACAGAGGCAUUUUAUCAAACACCUUAUAAGCAGACGAAAGAAUCUUCUUUCACUCUCAAUGGCGCAGCAAUCAAGGCUCUGCUCCUACUUUCCGCAUUCAGAACUCCGGGUAGCGCCGGAAAAGGGCCGUCUUUAUGUGUCUUUCUUCUGUACCCUCAUCCACCUCUACCUCCGUUGCCGCCUGUUCUCGAAGGCCCAGGCCGUUUUCUCCGCCAUGCGCGGUUGCAAUUUGGUCCCCGACCUCCGUUCUUGGAACCGCCUGCUGCUCCAAUUCAACACUUCUGGCGCUGUUGAUCAGGUGACGUUUCUCUACUCUGAUAUGCUCUCUUGUGGAGUUGUUCCGAAUGUGUACACCUGGAACAUAGUGAUGCAUUCUCUCUGCAAAUUAGGAAACAUUGAUCAGGCUAUGGAGUUGCUUAGGAAGAAUGAGAGUGAUACUGUUAGUUAUAAUACUGUCAUACGGGGCCUUUGCAGAAAGAGGCUCGUGGAAGAUGGGUUCGGGCUGGUAAGCGAGAUGGUCAAGAAGGGUGUUGCUGUGGACACUUUUACUUGUAAUAUAGUCAUUAAGGGGUUUUGCGAGAUGGGUUCUCUUCAAAAAGCAAAAUGGGUGAUGGAAAUGUUUUGCCACGACGGUCAAGGUAUUCCUAAAGAUAUUGUGGGGUUUAACACCAUUAUACAUGGCUGUUUUAUGGCUCAUGAAAUGAGUGAUGGUCUUGAGAUCACAGAGGGUAUGAGCCGUGAGGGGGUGUGGCCUGACAAUGUCACUUACAAUAUUUUGAUCAAUGGGUUUUGUGAGUUGGGAGAUUUUGAUUCUGCCAAGAGUCUAAUGGAAGAACUCUCGGAGUCCUGUAAAAAUGUUGAGGUUUGCGAUGGGGGUUCUCUUCCUAGUGACAAUGGUCAAACUGCAGAAAAUUUAGGUAGAGUGUUAGUUGUAAGACCUAAUCUCAUUACGUACACUACGCUGUUUAGUAAAUUCAUUAAGAAGUCCGAGAUUGAGAAAGCACUAUGUAUAUAUGAAGAGAUGACUAAGAAUGGGGUCUCCCCCGAUUCUGUUACUUAUAGUUCUCUCAUACAUGGCCUUUGCAAACAUGGAAGGGUUGUUGAAGCCAAACAAGUCGUAGAGGAGAUGAAGAUUGUCGGGGUGGAUCCUAAUCAUUUUACGUACACCAUUUUGAUUGAUUAUUUACUCAAACAAGGGGAUGUGUCUGCUGCCUCUGCCCUUCAAUGCCAGAUGGUGGUUCGUGGAAUAAGAUUUGACAGCGUGAUCUUAACCUGUUUGAUGGAUGGGUUGUUUAAAGCUGGGAAACCUAGGGAUGCUGAGGAGAUAUAUCAAACUCUUCUAAAUUUCAAGAUGCAUCUAAACCAUAUCACUUAUACAGCAUUGUUAGACGGGCGGAUCAAAUCUGGCGGCAUGGAGAGUGUAGAAUUCCUGUUCCAAGAAAUGGAAGAGAAAAACAUUGUGCCCAAUGCCUUUACGUUUUCUUCUGUAAUUAAUGGCUAUGUUAAAAGGGGGCUUCUUGAUGCAGCUAUGGCUUUGAUGAAGAAGAUGGUUCACUACAAUGUCAUGCCCAAUGUAUGCAUAUAUGGUAACAUGAUUGACGGGUGCUUCAAGGCUGGUAAUCAAGACAUGUCUGUCUCCCUCUACACGGAGAUGAAAUUGUGUGGAGUUUUGGAAAAUAAUUUCAUACUGGAUGCUUUUAUAAACAAUUCUAAAAGACACGGAAAGAUGGAAGAAGCAGAGGCCUUUAUAGGUGAAAUGGUAUCAAUCGGAGUCAAACCUGAUCAUGUUAACUAUACAUCGCUGCUGGAUGGGCUAUUUAAAUCAGGAAAACACUCGGCUGCUCUUGAGUUGGCCCAAGAGAUGAAAGAUACAGGUUUUGGGUUUGAUACAGUUGCUUGCAAUGUGAUACUGAAUGGGCUCUUACGGAGUGGGCAGUAUGAAGUGCAGUCCGUCUAUGGUGAAAUGAUACGAUUCGGUUUAGAACCCGACGUUCUGUCUUUCAACACCAUGAUCUAUGCUUGCUGCAAGGAGGGUAAAAUGGGAAAUGCUUUCAAUCUUUGGAAUGAGAUGAAUGUGCAUGGACUGAAGCCUAACUCAGUUACUUGUAAUAUUAUGCUGAGGGGAUUAUGUGAAGUUGGUCAAGUGGAUAAAGUGAUAGAUUUGUUGAACAAUAUGCAGACUAUGGGUCUUCAGCCUACCCGAUCUAUUUAUAAAGUUUUGAUCGGCGUUGCAUCAAAAUAUAGAAAAGCUGAGACGAUCUUAAGAAUGCACGAGCGACUUAUAAGCAUGGGGCUUAAGCUUGACCAAACAGUUUACAACACACUCAUAAGUGUAUUAUGCAGGCAAGGGAUGACCGCCUGUGCAAAAUCACAACUGUUGAAAAUGAGAGAGCAGGGAAUUUUUGCUGACACUAUUACUUAUAAUUCCUUUAUUUACGGGUAUUGCAAAAUAUCCUUUAUCGAUAAAGCUUUAGAAACAUAUUCCAUAAUGCUGGUUGAAGGGGUUUCUCCUAGUAUUGCGACUUACAAUUAUCUCCUUGAGGGUCUAACGGCAUCUAGAAGGUUUCAAGAAGUAGACGGCGUACUUAAUGAGAUGAGGCUUAAGGGUCUUGUCCCUAAUUCUAACACCUAUGACACUCUAGUCUCAGGCUAUGGAAAGCAAGGGAAUAAAAAGGAAGCUAUACGGCUCUACUGUGAAAUGAUAACGAAAGGCUUUGUUCCCCGUGUUAGUACUUAUAAUGUUCUUAUUGGUGAGUUUGCAAAGGUUGGGAAGAUGAAGCAAGCUCAAGAACUCAUGCAUGAGAUGCAAGCUAGGGGAGCAAAACCAAAUGCUUCAACGUACGAUAUACUUGUUGCAGGAUGGUGCACACUGUCAAAACAAGCAGAACUUGAUAGAUACUUCAAAGUGUCUUGCCAAGCCGAGGCAAAGAGGGUGGCUGGAAUGUCACUGGAAAAGGCAUGUGAUCAUUUACAUGAAGCUAUUUACAUGACAAUUGGAGUCUUGAUAAGAAUGUAUGCAUUCUCUGCAAAACGGAUUCUUGAAUCAGGAAAGAGCUGAAAUGCAACCAAACUAUGGAUUUGACGGCCUGAACAAAUGAAGUGUAGUGCUUGUUUGGGACAUACGAUUUCCGAAAAAAAUGAGAUUCAUCUGCAGUGAUGUAUUUCAGGGAUGGCAAUAUGGUAAUAACCCAGGACUUCAUGG